GCAGCGUGCGCGGGCUGGCGCUGUUGUUCCGGGAGCGAGGCAGUGCGAGGGCCGGGAGUGGCGCCGCCGCAACACCGCGACCAGGCCGCCGCAUCGCUGCAGCACUCGCACUUUCUUCGCAGAUCCCGUCCGCCCGCACGAUUUCCGGCUUCUGAAGUAUUUGACUUUCAUUUUAAGGUAAUUUAGUGGGUUGGUGUUGAAGAAAUGUCAUUUCCACCGCAUAUGAAUCGCCCUCCUUUGGGGAUACCCCCAUUGCCGCCGGGUAUUCCUCCUCCACAGUUUGCAAGCUUCCCACCUUCUGUGCCACCCGGUUCGAGUUUCCCCCAUGAGAAACAUCCUCUCAACAUCUACUGUGUCAAACCCCUUCAGAAUCGGGCACCCAUGAUUCCUGUUCCUAUGGGAAUAAUGACUCCUGCCACAACUGCAGCAAGUUACAGGCACCCAUCACUGCAGGUCUCCAUGCUGUACACCAUGAACCGUUGCCCAACAGAGGGCAAACAGGUGUUGGUGCCAACCUCUGUGCCUAUGGUUGGAAAGCAUAUUGGACCAAGGAAGGACCAUUCUGGUCAGAGGAAUCGCGAAAGUGAUGAAAACAGUGGUCCGACUACAACAGUUUUUGUAGGCAACAUAUCUGAGAAAGCUUCUGAUAUGUUAAUCAGGCAGUUACUUGCGAAAUGUGGCUUGGUUUUAAGCUGGAAGAGAGUCCAGGGAGCUUCAGGAAAAUUACAAGCGUUCGGCUUUUGUGAGUACAAAGAACCAGAAUCUACCCUACGUGCAUUAAGAUUAUUGCACGAACUUCAAGUGGGAGACAAAAAGCUGCUUGUAAAAGUAGAUGCAAAGACCAAAGCCCAGCUGGAUGAAUGGAAGGCCAAAAAGAAAGGAGUCAAUGGGGAUACGAAAACAGAGGAUUCAUCGGAUGAUGUUGUGGAUGAGGAAACCAAAAGGAGAGAUCAGAUCGUAAAGGGAGCAAUAGAGGGAUUAAUAAGAGAAUACUCCAGUGAACUAAAUGCACCUUCCCAAGAUCAAGAUGCACAUCCUAGAAAGAAGAAAAAGGAAAAGAAAGAGGAGGAUGACAUAAGUGCAAUGGAAAUGGAAGAGGAUAAACGAGACCUAAUUUCUCGAGAAAUUAGCAAAUUCAGAGAUACUCACAAGAAACUAGAAGAAGAAAAAGGAAGGAGAGAAAAAGAAAGACAAGAAGUUGAAAAAGAGAGAAGAGAUAGAGAAAAAGAACGUGAGCGAGAAAGAGAAAGGCGUGAAAGAGAGAAGGAACGUGAGAAAGAAAAGGAGAGGGAGCGGGAGCGUGAACGAGAGCGGGAACGGGAGCGUGAGCGGGAUCGGGACCGUGACCGUGAUCGGGACCGUGACAGAGAUCGUGAGAGAACUAAGGAUAAGGAAAGGGAGCGAGACCGAGAAAGGGAUCGAGAGCGAGAUAAAGAGAGAGAAAGAAGCCGGGACCGGGAGAGAAGCAAGGAUCGAAGUAGAUCCAGAGAGAAAAGCCGAGAAAAGGAGAAGAAAAGAGAUCGGGAAGAAGAUGAGGAGGAAAUGUAUGAACGUCGGAAACUUGAAAGAAAGCUCCGUGAGAAAGAAAAUGCAUACCAAGAGCGUCUUAAAAAUUGGGAAAUAAGGGAACGGAAGAAGGCCAGAGACUAUGAAAAGGAAGCUGAAAGGGAGGAAGAAAGAAGAAGAGAAAUGACAAAAGAGGCAAAAAGACUGAAGGAGUUUUUAGAAGACUAUGAUGAUGAUCGAGAUGAUCCAAAAUAUUACAGAGGAAGUGCUUUACAGAAACGUUUAAGGGAUCGAGAGAAAGAAAUGGAAGCAGAUGAAAGAGAUCGUAAGCGAGAAAAGGAGGAGCAUGAGGAGAUUCGACAGCGUUUGUUGGCAGAAGGGCAUCCAGAUCCCGAUGCAGAGCUUCAGAGGAUGGAGCAGGAGGCAGAGAGGCGGCGGCAGCAGCCAAUCAAGCAAGAGCCAGAAUCGGAAGAGGAGGAGGAGGAGGAAGAAAAGCCAGAGAAGGAGGAACGCCGAGUGGAAGAGGAUGAAGAACCCGAGCAGAAACCCUGCCUGAAACCCACCUUACGCCCUAUCAGUUCUGUCCCAUCUGUUUCAUCAGCAAGUGGAAAUGCUACACCAAAUACUCCUGCAGAUGAGUCUCCCUGUGGUAUUAUCAUUCCACAUGAGAACUCUCCCGAUCAACAGCAAGAGGAGCAGCGGCCUAAAAUUGGGCUGAGCCUGAAACUAGGUGGUUCCAAUAGCCCGAGUCAGCCAAUUUCAGUCAAAAGAAAGAAACUGCCUGUUGAUAGUGUUUUCAAUAAAUUUGAAGAUGAAGAUAGUGAUGAAGUUCCUCGGAAGCGGAAACUUGUCCCAUUGGAUUAUUCGGAAGAUGAGAAGAGUGCCUCCAAAGGAAAUGUAAAUACAGAAGAAAAACGAAAACACAUAAAAAAUCUGAUUGAGAAAAUCCCAACAGCUAAACCAGAACUUUUCGCCUAUCCUCUUGACUGGUCUAUUGUGGAUACGAACUUGAUGGACCGACGCAUUCGACCAUGGAUCAAUAAAAAAAUAAUAGAAUACAUUGGUGAAGAAGAAGCAACACUAGUGGACUUUGUUUGUUCUAAGGUAAUGGCACACAGUUCACCACAGAGCAUUUUAGAUGAUGUAGCCAUGGUACUGGAUGAAGAAGCAGAAGUCUUCAUAGUGAAGAUGUGGAGGUUAUUAAUAUAUGAAACAGAAGCUAAAAAGAUAGGACUUGUUAAAUAGAUUGUCAUAUCCAUAGGAAACGUCUUUUGGAAAUUUUUUUCCAUUCUUCAAAACUGUAACUUUCAUCUGUCCUCAGAGGCACUUGUGAAGCUUGUAUUUUUUAUUGUAGAGAUAAUGUGAAGUCCAUUUUUUUCCUUCUCUUCACCCCAUCAUUUGGUUUGCUAUGUCCUUAAAAGAUGUACAGUUAAUAGAAAUCUGCCUACAUUUGUUCUUCAUUUCACCAACUGAGAUAAACGACUGGGUUAUUUUUUAUAAACUGAACUCUUCUGCUGUGUAUUUUCAUUAUCAACACACUGACUUCUGUUCAUAACCUCUCGGUGUUACAUUUAUGGAAGGUUAUGCUGUACCGAUGCAAGAUAUUUGCACUUAAUAUCCAGGUUAUCCCUGUGAUAUGGAGGAGCAGGUUUAGAAAUAAAAUGUUUAUACAUUUUUGUUUUGAAAUUAGUAAUUUUGAGAGGAAAAAACUUUGAAAGAUGCAGAGUUGUUUUCUCAUCAACAUUAUGAAAAUAUUUUAAAUGUUGCAUUUCCAGCAGGUCACAGAAUAGGGUUUAAAUGUUUUUGAAAUAAAUAAAUAAAGUUUGAGAAUGUCUUAGUUGACUUUUUAAAAAGAGAUCUGUAUCCCCUUUAGUUGCCAACAUAGAUUUAAUUUAAUGUUUGAAAUCAAACCUUUGUAAUUUUACAUUUAUCAGUUUUUUUAUAGUCAAAAUUAUUUUUGAUGCAGGUACAACAAGCAAGCUACUGUCAGGUGUUGCGAAUACAAGGAGCAAGCUUUUUUUUGUUUCAGUCUCACAAUUUCUUUGGGGUGAAGUUUUAAUAAACUACAAUGAGCUUUGUCAAGGGUGUAGUGUGUUUUAAGCUAUGUUAUGGAGGCUUGAUGGUUAGCUUGGAAAUGCAGUCUUUGUUGGCCCAUUAAAAGGAAUGCUAUCCCUUC